AUGGAUUGUAAAAUUCAUAAUGAAAAAAAUAUUAUGUGGUGUUUAAAUUGCACAACUUUAUGUUGUGUUGAUUGCAUAGAAUUUGAUCAUUUUCAACAUAAUUUAAAAUCAUUUAAAAAUAUAGAUAAAUUUCAUUGUCCAACACAUGAUGAACCAAUUAUAAAAUAUUGCAUAUUAUGUAAUUGUGUCAUUUGUAAUUUAUGUGAAAAAACAACACAUUUUCAUAAUAAUAAUAAUAAUCAAAUAAAUAUAACCCAAUUUCCUUGGAUUCCAAAAAAAAAAUCAAAAUCAAUUGAAUUAGAACUUAAUGAAAUUGAUGAAUAUAAUAAUAAUUAUAAUAAUAAUAUUAAUAAUAAUAAUAAUAAUAAUAAUAAAAAUAAUGUAAAUAAUGUAAAUAAUGUAAAUAAUGAAAAUAAAGAAAUUAAUGAAAAUCAUAAUAAUAAAAAUCAAAGAUCAAAUUCACCACCACCAUUACCAAAAAUUAAAUUAUUAAAUAUUGAAAAUAUAACAUUAAUUAAACAUGGUUCAUAUAGAAAUUUAAAUAAAAUUGAAGAAGAGAAUGAAAAUGAUGAAAAAGAAAUAUUAGAUAGAAAACAAUAUAAUAAAGAGAAUAAAGAAUUUUUAAAAAAACAAAGUGAAAAAGGAAAUUCAAUUGCGCAAUGUUUACUUGGAUCAUCAUAUUAUUAUGGAAUGAAUGGGUAUAGUGUAAACUUUGAAAAGUCAUUAAAAUAUUUAACUAAAUCAGCUGAACAAAAUAAUGCAAAAGCAUAUUUUGAAUUAUUUAAUUAUUAUAAACAACAAAAGAAAGAUUUAAUAAAAUCAAAAUAUUAUCUGUUAAAAAGUGCUGAAUUUAUUUAUGAAGAUUCAAUAAUUCUAUUGGGUGAUUAUUAUUAUAACGGUUUUAAAACCAUUGACAAUCAUGAUGAUCAUGAUGAUGGCAGUGGUGAAAAUGAAGAAUUGAAUUUAAUAUGUCAAGAUUAUUUCAAAGCAUUUAAUCUUUUUAAAAUUGGAGCAUCAUUAAAUGUUGAUAGUAAUUCAUUAACCAAAUUAGGAAUUUGUUUUUAUUAUGGUAGAGGAGUUACAAUUGAUUAUAAUGAAGCAUACCGUUUAUUUUAUCAAUCAUCAAUUUGUGAUCAUCAUCAAGAACAUAAUCCAGAGAUUACAUUUUAUUAUCUUGGACUUUGUUUAUUCUAUGGUAAAGGUGUAUUAAAAAACCAAUGUAAAGGAUUUGAAUACUUUAUGAAGAGUGCAUCUUUAAAUCAUUAUUCACCAGCAUUAGAAGCUGUUGGUAGAUGUUUCUUAAAUGGUGAAGGUAUUUCUCAAAAUUUUAUGCAAGCUAAACUUUAUUUUACAACUGCAAAAUCUCAAGGUUCAAAUCAAGAUAGAAAUAUUCAAGAUGUAAAUAAAAUCAUUGAAUUAAAUAAAUCAAUUAAAAUUAAAUCACCAAAUAUUUUAAUUGAAAUUGAAAAAAUUAUAAAUGAAAAUAAAUCUUUUAAUUUAGAACAAUCAUGUUUGAAUUACAUAAAUCAUCAAAAAAAUAAUUAUAAACAAGAAAUUGAUAAUACAAAUAUCAAAAAUAUAAAAUGUAAACAAGAUUCAUUAAUUGAUAAAACAUUUAAUAAAGUAAAUUAUUUAAAUUAA